AAAUUAAGGUGUGUACUAUUUUGUACUUGUAUAGAUCAUUUUUUAUUUUAAUUUCUUCCUUAACAAUAAAACUUCUUGGCCUGUAUUUAUCCUCAGUAUUAAACUAAUAAUUAAACAAUUAACAUAAUGGUGGACACUGGAUGCUUCUUUAAUAUUGAUGGAGGAUACUUAGAAGGUUUAUGCCGUGGUUUCAAAUGUGGCAUAUUGAAACAUGCUGAUUAUCUUAAUCUUGAGCAAUGCGAGACUUUGGAUGAUUUAAAAUUGCACUUACAAUCAACUGAUUAUGGUCAAUUCUUAGCUAAUGAACCCAGUCCAUUGGCUGUAUCUGUAAUUGAUGAUAAAUUACGAGAAAAACUUGUUAUAGAAUUUCAACAUAUGAGAAAUCAUGCUGUAGAACCCCUCAGUACAUUUCUAGAUUAUAUCACUUACAGUUAUAUGAUUGAUAAUAUUAUACUUCUUAUAACUGGUACUUUACAUCAGCGUCCAAUUACAGAACUUAUUCCAAAAUGUCAUCCUUUGGGUAGCUUUGAACAAAUGGAAGCUAUUCAUGUAGCUGGUAACCCAGCUGAACUUUAUAAUGCUGUUCUUGUAGAUACUCCAUUGGCUCCAUUCUUUGUUGAUUGUAUAAGUGAACAGGAUCUUGAUGAAAUGAAUAUUGAAAUUAUUCGUAAUACAUUGUACAAGGCUUACUUAGAAUCUUUUUAUGACUUUUGCAAGAAGUUAGGAGGAAUAACUGCUGAUACUAUGUGUGAAAUAUUAUCUUUUGAAGCAGAUAGAAGAGCUAUUAAUAUAACUAUAAAUUCUUUUGGUACAGAGUUAACAAAAGAUGAUCGAGCCAAAUUAUACCCGAGAUGUGGUAAACUUAACCCAGAUGGUCUAGCAGCUUUAGCUAGAGCUGAUGAUUAUGAUCAAGUAAUUUAGAGCA